CUAAUGAUACCUGCAUGCAAAAUGACAAACCCAUUGUAAAUGAAAACAACGCAAUGAUAACCGCGCGAACUUAUGAUACCUGCAUGCAAAAUGACGAUCCCAUUCUGCGUGAGGACAAUGCAACGAUAACCAUGCAUACUUAUGAUACCUGCAUGCAAAAUGAUGAUCCCAUUGUUAAUGAGGACAACGCAACGAUAACCACAGAUACCAAUGAUGCCUGCCUGGAAGAUGACUACCCCAUUGUGAAUGAAAACAACACAAAGAUGACCGUGCGUACUAAUUAUACCUGCAUGCAAAAUGACGAUCCCAUUUUGAAUAAUGACAAUGCAACAAUAACCGUACAUACUUAUGAUACCUGCCUGGAAUAUGACUAUCCAAUUGUGAAUAAGGACAACCCAAUGAUAACCGCACAUACCAAUGGUGCCUGCCUGGAAGAUGACUACCCCAUUGUAAAUGAAAACAACGCAAUGAUAACCGCGCGAACUUAUGAUACCUGCAUGCAAAAUGACGAUCCCAUUGUUAAUGAGGACAACGCAACGAUAACCGCGCAAACUUAUGAUUCCUGCAUGCAAAAUGACAAACACAUUGUGAAUGAAAAAAAUGCAAAGAUAACCGCGCGAACUUAUGAUACCUGCAUGCAAAAUGACGAUCACAUUGUGAAUGGGGACAACGCAACGAUAACCGCACAUACUAAUGAUGCCUGCAUGCAAAAUGACAAACCCAUUGUGAAUGCAAACAACACAACGAUAACCGCGCGUACAAGCAUGCAAAAUGACUACCCCAUUGCGAAUGAAAACAACGCAAAGAUAACCACAGGUACCAAUGACGCCUGCCUUGAAAAUGACUAUCCCAUUGUGAAUGAAAACAACGCAACGAUAACUGCGCAAACUUAUGAUGCCUGCCUGGAAGAUGACUACCCCAUUAUGAAUGAAAACAACACAACGGUAACCGCGCAAACUUAUGAUGCCUGCCUGCAAAAUGACGAUCCCAUUGUAAAUAAGGACAACGCAAUUAUUACCUGCCUGGAGGAUGACUUCCCCACUGUGAAUGAAAACAGCACACUGAGAAUCGCACGUACCAGUGAUGCCUGCCUGCAAAACGACGACCCCGUUAUGAAUGGCAGUAACGCAACGAUAACUGCGCGUACUUAUGGUGCCUGUCUGCAAAAUAAUAACCAAAAAAUUGUUGGCAAUAACUCAAUGAAACUUGCACAUUCCAAAAUUGCCUGUCUGCAUAAUAAUAAGCUUGUUGUAAGUGGUAAUAACGCAACAAAAACCGAAAGCAUCAACGAUGCGAGCCUGCAUAAUGAUCACCCUUUAGUUCCUGGUAAUACAACAACAAAUACCGCACACUUACAACAUGAUGACCCUAUUGAGUAUGUGAGUAAAAAUACAACGAAUGCCGCACGCAAGAUUGGUGACUGUCUGCGAAAUGAUGAAUCUAUUAUAAGUGAUAAAAAAGCGGCGAAAAUCGCAAGCACCCAGGAUAGCUGCCUGCAAAAUGAUGACCCAAUUGUUGUAGGCAAUAACACAAGAAACACCGCACGUACAAAGGAUGGAUGCCUGCAAAAUGAUGACCCCAUUGUUGUUGGCAAUGAUGCAACAAACACCGCACGCAUUAAGGAUGGAUACCUUCAAAAUGAUGACCCCAUUGUUGUUGGCAAUUGCGCCACAUUAACCGCACGCAUCAAGGUUAGAUGUCUGCAAAAUGAUGACUCAAUUGUUGUUGGUAAUAACGCAAAAAAACCCGCACACACUAAGUAUUGCUGUCUGCAAAAUGAUGACCCUAUUGUUGUUGGCAAUUACGCAGCAACCACCGCACGUACCAAAGAUAAAUGCCUGCAAAAUGAUGACCCCAUUGUUGUUGGCAAUUACGCAGCAACCACCGCACGUACCAAAGAUAAAUGCCUGCAAAAUGAUGACCCCAUUGUUGUUGGCAAUUACGCAGCAACCACCGCACGCACCAAGGAUAGAUGCCUGCAAAAUGAUGACCCCAUUGUUGUUGGCAAUUACGCAGCAACCACCGCACGUACCAAAGAUAAAUGCCUGCAAAAUGAUGACCCCAUUGUUGUUGGCAAUUACGCAGCAACCACCGCACGUACCAAAGAUAAAUGCCUGCAAAAUGAUGACCCUAUUGUUGUUGGCAAUUACGCAGCAACCACCGCAUGUACCAAAGAUAAAUGCCUGCAAAAUGAUGACCCCAUUGUUGUUGGCAAUACCGCAAAAUUAACCGCACGCACCAAGGAUGGUUGCUUGCAAAAUGAUGACCCCAUUGUUGGCAAUAACGUAACGACUAUUGCAUGUGGCAAAGAUGCCUACCUGAAAAUCAAUGCCUCCAUUUAUAUUGGAAAUUAUGCAAUGAAAACUGCACAUAGCAAAGAUACCCGCCUUCAUAAUAAUAAACUAAAUGUUGUCGGAAAUUUCGCAGUGACAACCGCACAUAGUAAAAAUACAUGUUUACAAUCUGAUUUUGAUUACAAUGUUGUCGAUUUUGACGCAAGUAGAGCUGCAUGUAGCAAAGAUGUCUGCCGGAAUACUGACGACAAAAGUGUUGAUGAUAACAACGCAACAACAACAGCAAAUAACAAAGGUGCAAACCUGCAAAAUGAUGGCGUAAUUGUUGACUGCAAUAACGCAGUGGACUCCGCACGUAACAAAGAUUCCUCCCUGCAGUAUAAUGAUAAUGGAUGUUAUCAGAAUGGAACGAAGCCGAUAAAUAGCAACAUUGCUGGUACAACAACAUUCAUGACAAGCAACCUUGUUAAUGUACAAAACGAAGUCUUUCCUACACAUAAUGACAGUAUAACCUUUAAUACCAGACGAGCUGUUAAAACAAGAUUAGAAGAAAGGAAUACAUCUGGACAAGCUAGAAAUAAUCAAGAUAACGACGUUGCGAAGGCAAAGGACUGUAAACGGCGUCGUUAAUGUUUUCAAAAUAAAUUUGCAGUACAAUACAUUUUUUAAGACUGUAAAAAGACAUUUUUAAAGAUUUUAAAGAACAUAAAUUAGAUUUUGAAAAAUUAGAUUUCUUUUUGUUUAAACAUUCAUAUCUAAAAAUAAAUGUGUUGCUA